GUUGCCAUAGCUCCGGUUGGCUUGACAAGAUGGCGGCGGCAGGGCGGCGCGGGCCGGGUCUUCGGGUCCCGUGCUUCCCGGAUUCUAAGGCGGGCGCGGUUCUGUGAAGCGAGCCCAGCCAGACCCCAGGCAUGGCCUUGCCGCCGCCGGCCCCUCUGCUCUUGAGGCUCCUCCUUCUGCUGGGCGUCCUGAGGCCGCUGUGGGGGAACCUGGUUUUCAUUCCUGCUUUCAUCCGCAUGACCAGCCCCGUGGUCAGUGCGUCCCUGGUCGGAGGCACCGAGGAUGUGACCGUGUCCCUGGCCCUGCUGCAGGACAAGGAAGGAUUAUUGCCGGUUCCAGCUUGUGGACUGCUGACCAAUGAGACAGGAGACUGGAGCUUGACUGUGACCCCCACUGUGAAUGCGUUGGAUGUGACAGUGAGGUGGAAGAGAGGUCAGCAAAGGUGUUCCUCUAAUGAGACGGGUUCCUUCUCAGAGUCCCCGUGUAUGGUCCAGACUCUUCUGGUUUCAGCAUCUCGCAAUUCAUCCUGUUUAGCCCAUCUGCUCAUUCGAGUGGAAAUUUAUGCCAACUCUUCUUUGGCCCAUAAUGCAUCAGAGAAUGUGACUGUUAUUCCCAACCAGGUGUAUCAGCCUCUUGGUCCUUGUCCUUGUAAUCUGACAGCCGGGGCCUGUGACAUUCGCUGCUGCUGUGACCAGGAGUGCUCGUCGGCUCUCACCGAGCUCUUCAGAGAGGCCUGCUUCACCGGCGCUUUCGGAGGCGACGUCAGCCCAGAGUCUGAGCACCAGUGCUCCGUGCAGGGGCGCCGCGGGGCCCCCGGCUGGUCCCCGUUGCUGUGCGUGCAGUCCUCGCCCGCCAACUCGCCGUUCCUGGGCUACUUCUACCACGGCUCCGUUUCCUCUCGGCAGCGCAGUUCCUUUGAAGUGCAUCUGCAUACUGACCUAAGAGACUUUUCAGACUUCGGUUACAAACAAGGAGAUCCAAUCAUGACUGCGGACAAGGCGUAUUUGACCAUCCCGCAGGUGUCCCUGGCUGGGCAGUGCACGCAGAAUGCACCAGUGGCAUUCCUUCAGAAUUUCGAUGUUCGGUGCACUACUAAUUUGGAAGUAUACCAAGAGCAAGAUGGUAUUAUCAACGCGGAGAUCAAGAGUGGUGCGGUAGGAGGCAUCGUUACACCAAAAGUAAUCUAUGAGGAAGCAGCCGACCCAGACAAAUACAUCACCAGGACAGAAACACUUUUAAGCAAUGAAUCAGCCUCCAGAAACGUGAUUGUGGAAGAACAUUAUAUUUUCAGAUGGAAUAAUAACACAAUUAGCGAAAUAAAUGUCAAAAUUAUUAGGGCAGAAAUUAAUGCCCACCAGAAAGGGAUCGUGACACAGAGAUUUACAGUUAAAUUUUUAAGCUAUAAUAGUGGUGAUGAAGAGGAAUUUUCUGGAAAUCCAGGUUACCAACUUGGCAAGCCCGUUCGAGCUCUAAAUACCAACAGGAGGAAUGAGACGACUUUACACCUUUGGCAAUCGGGUAAUCUGGCUGGAAGGGGUUUGUGUACAAAAGCAACUUUCAAACCCAUUUUAUUUGGAGAAGAUGCACUAUCCGGAUGUCUUUUAGAAGUUGGGAUCCGUGAAAACUGUACGCGGCUCAGGGACAAUGCUGUUGAACUACUUGACUCAUUAAUACGAGCAACUCAUGUUGCAACGAGAGGCAACUCUGAUUACAACGAUCCUGGUGACGGCUGGCUGGAAAUAAUCCGUGCAGAUUUCCCUGAUAGAGGUGCAGACCCGCCUGUCAGUGUGAGUGGCAUCUGCGUGGAUAUCCCUGCCCGACUGCAUAUCCGCAUCCUCAUCUCAGAUGCUGGUGCCGUGGAAGGGAUUACUCAGCAGGAGAUUCUUGGCGUAGAGACAAGGUUUUCUACAGUGAACUGGCAGUUCCAAUGUGGGCUUACUUGUGAGGAUAAGGCCGACCUUUUCCCUGUCAGUGCAUCGGUCCAGUUUAUCAAGAUACCUGCACAGUUACCCCGUCCACUGACAAGAUUCCAGAUCAAUUUUACAGAGUAUGACUGUAACAGAAAUGACGUGUGUUGGCCGCAACUUCUAUAUCCAUUGACCCAGUAUUAUCAAGGGGAGCCUUAUUCUCAGUGUGUGGCCAAGGGCUUACUAUUGGUAUCCUUCUUCAUAUUAGCUGUGUUCCUCAGUAACCCCUGGGCCAGAACGUGCAAAGCUUGAAAUUCAUCUACCACCUGACCUCCUACAGACCACAGACUUUUGCUUCAGUGAUUUGUCGUAUUCCUGUGUGCGUGCCUCUCUGUAAAAUUGUAAUAAAUGCAGUGCUUUAUUUUUGUAGAAUUUUUAAAAAUUAAGUGCACUGCAAAUUUAAUUCACAUAUGUAACCAUCCAGAUGUGCAGAGCAAUGCAGAAUUAGACAUUCUUCUCAUCGCUGGACCAGACUGAGCAAAAUGCACAAGAGGGUCAACUGUGUAAAUAAACGUUAUUAGAAGCUUUAGUGGAUCACAAGUUACUAAAGUCACAGGAGUUUCAGUCCACGUAUGUUAUUCUUACCUUAGAAAGUUAGUAUUGUCUUCAAAUUUUUAAAUAUUCCCGAUGAAUUGGUUGGUUAAUUUCCUCUAUUCCAAAGAAAGAAUUAAAAAUUCAUGAAGCCUUAAAAAUGUAUAUACUAUAAAAUGUAUGUAUUAUUUUGUAUAUAUACACAAAAUAAAUUGAUGAGGGAAGAUGUGGAGGCUGAAGGAGGGAAAGUAAUAUUGGGAGGAGAGUAAAACAAAACCAGGAGGGGAGGUCAGCACAAGUAUGAUUAGAUACAGAAAUCAUAGACCCAUGGAUUUAAGAUAAGCUGGUUUUCGGUGAAGGACAGUUUUUCUUAGUUGAGGCUUGAGAGAAAUUCCUCUUGUGACCCCUUAUGAGGGGACAGACAGCAUGAUGCAGGGGUGGGUGGGGGCCAAUGGUUGUCAACCACAUCCAGAUCAUGGCCACAUGGCAAAUCUCUGCAUUUUCUUUGUGGACUAGACAAAUUUAGUCAUGUUUCAGACGGAAUUCGUACACGGCCAGUAAGCCUGAUUUUGAAAAGUGAUUGUCUUCCCUUUCACACUCUGAUGGAAUUCCUCGUGCCUCCUGACUUCCCGGAUACAUGAAUUGUGUUGUUGCAUUUUCCAGUGUAAAUCUGUAAACCCAGUUCUAUUUUUUACUGAUUUAUAUUAAACGUGUAACUAGUGACAUAC